ACCCCCCGCCCCCCCUCCUCCUCUACCUGCUCUCUGAGAGAUGGUUGAGUUUUCUGACGUCAGAAACCAUUAACAAUGUCAAAACCACCAAAACUUUCCGGUACCCAGGGAAGGAAAAAAAGAAAAGAAGAGGAGGAAAAACGCGACAAAGACAGAGGUGCGCUGUUGAAAUAUCUAAAUCCACCUCCUGCAAAUCCUGGACCAUCUACAGUCAUCGCCGCUUCAACAGCAUCAAGUGAUCCUCCUGUCACCUCCACCUCAGGUGGAUUCACUUUUCCCAACAUCCGACUGGUUAUACUCUGUCUGGGACUGUUGAACGUUGUUUUGCUGAUUGCUGCCGUUGUUAUUGGGAUAAACAGUGCCAAAGUCAGAGAGGGUUCCCUCCAGGUUCCCCAAGCAGCUGCAACCCAGCUCAUCAUUGAGCUGGACUAUCUCCUGAGCAACCACAGCGAUGUGAUCAAAGCCAAAGAGGAGGCCAAGAACGAGUUAGACAGAGCGCUCAAAAACCAUACACAACUAAAAGUGAAAAUUGAGCAGCUGAAGACCAUCAAUGACAAUUAUCAGAGGCAGAUUGAGCUCCUGCGAACAGAGAAGACCAAUCUGCAGUCCAACGUAUCGGCUUUGGAAGGACAUUGUGGCAGAUGCCUCCCUGGAUGGAUUUUUCACAACUCAUCCUGCUAUUUCUUUUCUUACAAUGAGUUACCUACUGUCACAAAGAACUGGCCAGAUAGCAGAGCAGACUGUGUUAAUCGUGGAGCCGACCUGAUUGUGAUCGAUAACCAGGAGGAGCAGAAAUUUGUGAGUGAAAUAAUUGAAAGUAUAAGACAUGAACGUAGGGUCUGGGAAAGUGGAUACUGGAUUGGUCUCACUGACACAGUGACAGAGGCAACAUGGAUCUGGAUUAAUAAUGUCACAGAGGUGGAACAAAGGUAUUGGAUGGAUGGAGAACCAAAUAACCGUGGACACAUGGGAGAAGACUGUGUGAUAUCAGUUUACUCCGCCACUAAUCCCUGGAAGACCCGUUUCGAUGCCGAUUGUCAGCAGAGAAUGAGUCACUGGUUAUGUGAAAUGAAAUCAAGCUAGAAUCAGGAACUGCUGCUCAAGCAGAAAACCCAAGUAUUAUUUUGUAACUCUUUAAGAAAAGAAUAAAAUACCCCUAAGAUUG